GGUUCCUGAGCAGCGGAGGGCGGGGCGUUAGUGGAGUCCUCCUCGUCCAGAGUGCCAGGAAAGCAAGAUGGCGGCUGAGCUGUGCGUGAGUCGCGGGUUAGUGACCCGCUUAAGUGCGCAGAGGCUGCCUAGGCGGCAUCUAAGUCAUGGAACACAAGUUAUGUGCCAAAGCGACAGUCCUCAAGCUGCCUUCUUUUCACCUGUUUCGAAAGUGUUGUUGCCACCAGAUGCUUUUCAUGGGAAAGUGGCCUUUAUCACAGGUGGCGGUACUGGCAUUGGAAAAGCAAUGACAACUGCUUUUUCUAGUUUGGGAGCAGAGUGUGUAAUAGCAAGCCGGAAAGUCGAUGUAUUGAAGAAAACAGCAGAAGAAAUUUCUUCUAAAACAGGAAAUAAGGUUCAUGCAGUCCAGUGUGACGUGAGAGAUCCAACUUCUGUCAGCAAUGCAGUUGCACAGUUAAUUGAUGUGGCUGGGCAUCCCAGUGUAAUUAUAAAUAAUGCUGCUGGAAAUUUUAUUUCUCCUUCCGAACGUCUUUCUGCAAAUGCAUGGAGGACAAUUACAGAUAUUGUUCUUAAUGGUACUGCCUAUGUAACCCUUGAAAUUGGAAAACAACUAAUUAAAGCUAAGAAAGGGGCAGCAUUUUUGGCCAUUACAACAGUCUAUGCAGAAAGUGGGUCUGGGUUUGUGACCCCAAGUGCUUCUGCCAAAGCAGGUGUAGAAGCAUUGUGCAAGUCACUUACAGCUGAAUGGGGGAGAUAUGGCAUGAGAUUCAAUGUAAUUCAACCAGGUCCAGUAAAGACAAAGGGGGCUUUCAGCCGUCUUGACCCAACAGGGGAAUUUGAGAAAAUAAUGAUCCAGAGAAUUCCUUGUGGCCGCUUGGGAACUGUGGAAGAGAUUGCUAAUCUAGCCACUUACCUCUGUAGUGAUUAUGCAAGUUGGGUGAAUGGAGCUGUAGUAAGAAUAGACGGUGGUGAAUUCGUUUUCAUGGCUGGAGAGAUGAAUAACCUACAUAAGGUUACCCAGGAAGAGUGGAAUAUGAUGGAAGAAAUGAUAAGGAAAACUAAAGGAUCAUAACUUUUUAAUUGUUUAUUUUUGCAUAAUAAAUAUUUCCAGGGGUAUUCUAAUCAAUGAAUUCAAUAUCCAAGUGCUAUUAAUGAUGAUAAUGCAAGACACAUACCAGUACUUUUGUGUAUGUGUAUGUUUCAAAACAUGAAAGUUUAAUGAUUUUGGUAUACCUAAACCAUAACAACAAGAUGUUUUGUAAAUUGCACUCAUAACAGAAAUAUAUAAUAAAUGCUAACAACACUUA